AUGCCACAAAAGCACAUACUCACAAACCCAGAAAACCGCCUCCAUGUCAUCAUCUACGACGCCGCCGAGGAAGUCUACCAAGUCCCGAACGCUGCGCUCCCCCGACCAGAUAUCGAAAAAGCAAAGGAGUCCACCCUCCACUUCGACUUCAAAGAGAAUCCCUUCUCGUUCCGCGUCCUGCGCGGAAAUGAAGUCCUUUUCGAUACAUCCGGCACAAACAUCAUCUUCCAAUCCCAGUAUCUAAAUCUGCGCACCUGGCUACCCACCGAUCCAAACCUCUACGGUCUGGGCGAACACAGUGAUUCGCUGCGUCUCCCGACGACAAAUUACACGCGAACAAUCUGGAACCGCGAUGCGUAUGGCAUUCCGUCGGAUUCGAAUCUUUACGGUGCGCAUCCGGUGUAUGUGGAUCAUCGCGGGAAAAAAGGGACUCAUGGUGUUUUCUUUUUGAAUUCCAAUGGCAUGGAUAUUAAAAUUGAUAAGACUGCUGGUGGGAAGCAGUAUUUGGAGUAUAAUGCUCUUGGUGGUGUCUUGGAUUUCUAUUUCCUUGCUGGUCCUACGCCCAAGGAUGUGAGUGUGCAGUAUUCGGAGGUUGUGGGGCUUCCUACUAUGCAGAGUUAUUGGACUUUUGGGUACCACAACUGCCGAUAUGGCUACCAGGAUGUCUUUGACGUCGCUGAAGCUGUCUACAACUACAGCAAGGCUGGCAUUCCGCUUGAGACUAUGUGGACUGAUAUCGACUACAUGAGUGGCCGUCGUGUGUUCACUCUAGAUGAUGAGCGCUUCCCACUGGACAAGAUGCGGGAGCUGGUUUCGUACCUCCACAAGCAUGAUCAGCACUACAUCGUUAUGGUCGACCCCGCCGUCAGUCACUCCGGUAAGGAAUAUGCCCAUCAGCUUAGACCACUUCUAACAGCGCUAGACAACGGUGCCUUCAAGCGCGGCGACGCCCAAGGUAUCUUCCUAUACCGCGACAACGAGCAAUCAGAACUCUAUCAAGGCGCUGUCUGGCCCGGCCUAACCGUCUUCCCAGACUGGUUCAACCCCCAAACCCAGAGCUACUGGAACAAAGAAUUUAGCCAAUUCUUCAGCAAGGACCACGGCGUCGACAUAGACGGCCUCUGGAUCGACAUGAACGAAGCCGCCAAUUUUUGCCCUUACCCCUGCGCCAACCCCGCAGAAUACGCCCAGCAGAACAGCCUCCCCCCAGCCGCUCCCCCAGUCCGCUCCCCUCCACGCCACAUCCCCGGGUUCCCGGCCAAUUUCCAACCCGGCUCGACUUCUUCUUCCUCUCCUACUCCCCGCGUGAAGAGAGGCGACACCGUGCCCGAAAUUCGGGCCAAGCGCAAGACUGAAAAGAAUAAGGCCAAGAAGCUCGGUCUCCCCGGUCGAGACCUGAUUAACCCCCGGUACCAGAUUGCCAACGAGGCCGGCUCCAUCAGCAACAAGACUAUCGACACGGAUAUCAUCCACGAGGGCGGCUAUGCCGAAUAUGACACGCACAAUCUCUACGGCACGAUGAUGAGCUCUGCGUCGCGGGAAGCGAUGCUCCAGCGCCGCCCCGCCGUCCGCCCUCUCAUCAUCACCCGCAGCACCUUUGCCGGUGCAGGCGCCCACGUCGGCCACUGGCUCGGCGACAAUCUCAGCCAGUGGGACAAAUACCGCGUGUCGAUCCCGCAAAUGCUGGCUUUCGCGUCCAUCUUCCAGAUCCCCAUGGUCGGCAGCGACGUCUGCGGUUUCGGCGGGAAUACCACCGAAGAACUGUGCGCGCGCUGGGCGACGCUGGGCGCGUUCUAUCCUUUCUAUCGGAAUCACAAUGAACUCGGCAGCAUUCCGCAGGAGUUUUACCGCUGGGAGAGCGUUGCUGAAGCCGCGAGGAAAAUCAUCGAUAUUCGCUACCGCCUGUUGGAUUAUUUGUAUACUUCGUUCCACAGGCAGAGCGUUACCGGGGCGCCGUUCUUGCAGCCGCUUUUCUACGUUUAUCCUGGUGAUGAGAAGACGUUUGGGAAUGAGGCGCAGUUCUUUUACGGUGAUGCUUUGCUCGUGUCGCCCGUUGCUGGGGAGGGGGAGAGCUCGGUGCAGGCUUAUUUCCCGGAUUUGUUCUAUGAUUGGUUUACUGGAAAGGAGGUUUCUGGGGAUGUGACAAUUGCGGAUGUGGCGAUUACGGAUAUCCCGAUUCAUGUGCGUGGUGGGAGUAUUAUUCCGUUGCGGGUUGAGGGGGCGAUGACUACGACGGAGUUGAGGAAGCGUGGGUUUGAGAUUCUUGUUGCGCCUGGUGCUGAUGGGACGGCGGUUGGGGAGUUGUAUCUUGAUGACGGGGAGUCGAUUCGGGUGGAUAAGGCGGCGGAGAUUAGGUUUGAGUUUGCGGGUGGGAAGUUGAAGAUUCUCGGGAAGUUUGGAUAUCAUCCGAAUGUGGUUGUUGAGGCUGUUACGCUGCUUGGGCAGAAGGGCAAGUCUCGACGAGAUGUUGAGUAUGACGCGAAGAGACAGAGCGUUACGAAGAAGGUGCAGAUUGAGUUGACGGGGCCUACGGAAGUGACUUUGGUUUAG